CAACAUCCGCCCUACCAGACCGGUAGUCUUCCAGUUGAUGUUCUUCCGAGCUGUAACGACCCUGGUUCUCAACUGAGUGUCUUCUUCGUCGCGUGCAUUCGAUUGCAUUUCUUUUCAUUGAGGCUCACUUCAUUUCUCGUCUUGCCUCUUUCCCCUCUCUUCUCUCCGGUUCUUUGUCCUUUCAUCAUCUCCAUUCACCAUCGGAACAACCCGAUCACCAUGGUGGUGGACAGCGAGUUGGCGCCCAAGUUCGCCCCCUUCUUCUCCUUUGCAGGGAUAGCUGCAGCUAUGAUCUUCGGAUCAAUGGGGGCAGCAUAUGGAACCGCUAAGUCCGGCAUUGGUAUCUCGGGAGUGGGAACUUUUAGGUCGGAUCUCAUCAUGAAGUCGUUGGUUCCGGUCGUUAUGUCUGGUAUUAUCGCGGUGUACGGCCUUGUCAUUGCAGUCCUCAUCGCACAGGACAUGCAACCACCUCCGCAACAAAGGAUGAGCUUAUAUACUGGGUUCAUGCACCUUGCAUCAGGGCUGUCGGUUGGCCUCGCAGGCAUGGCUGCCGGAUACACUAUUGGAAUUGUUGGAGAUGCGGGUGUACGUGCGUACCUGCAGCAAUCUCGGGUCUACGUCGGAAUGAUUCUCAUCCUAAUUUUCGGCGAAGUUCUUGGUCUCUAUGGACUUAUCGUGGGCCUGAUCCUGAACUCAAAGAGCCACCCUUAAACUGAGUUAAGCAUUACAUUUUGAUAUUCCGAUAUGUUGGCGACUGCACUUGACUGCUUUACCAGCCUCCUUGAACUGCUUUUAUACCAAGGGCCCAUCCCUUAGGACCAUGGGGGUUUUUUUUUUGAGACGACCGCGAAGGCAGCAGCGGUCUGCUCCUCCUUUUGUGGCCACGCUUUGAAUGUCCCCCGCGGGUAUUCCGGUUAGAACAUCAUCACCUUUUAGCCUUCGGGAGACUUUCUGUACUAGUAUAUGCCUGCACGCUUUGGAUAACAAUGACUACAUUGAAUAUUUUACCUUUUUUAA